UAUAAAAGCAGGUGCGCUGUUGCGCCGCACCGCCUUCUCACGGUAACAGCUGGGAGUCGACGUCUGCGAGCGUGCUCAGACAUUUUACCUUUGCACGAAAGCGUUCCAACAUGGCAGUCGUGUUUAGAUCAGCGUUCUUCGUGUUGAUAGUCCUCAUGUCAACGCAAGUCGCCGGCCAGAGCUCCACGGCUAACCUAGAGGCCCUACUCCGGGACCACUUCAGCACCAACCGCCACCACGUCACCAACAUCCUCGGCAAGAUGGCGGCCAGAGACUUCAUUUACGACACUUGGAAGGUUUACGGCAUGCAGGUGUUCCUGCACUACUUCCAGACCGCCAACGUUGUGUACUCUGCCUCUAAUGUCGUUGGGCUGUGGCCGGGCCGCUACACGGGGACUGCGGCGGACAGACCCGUCCUGCUGACCGCCCACUACGACACCAUGCGCGACACCCCCGGAGUGGACGACAACGGGUCCGGCCUGGCCGCCCUGAUGGAGUCCGCCCGGCUCAUCACCUCACAGCCCUGCCUGCAGGACCACACCGUGGUCUUCACGGCGUUCGACCUGGAGGAGUGGGAAUCAGGUUCCGCCCCGGGCGUGGCCUGUACCCGGCUCGGCUGCGGCAGCCGGGAGUUCGUGAACGCCAUCCUCCUGCCCUACCUCCAUCAGACCGGCGUCUCAACCGCAAACUUCGGCGGCGCCGUCGUCAUGGAUACCAUCAUGAACUACAACAACAGCCAGGGAGCGCAGUCCAUCCCGGGAGGCCAGGUGUUUGGAGCGACGCCUGGAUUGACCGACGCGUACGCCAGCAUCUCCGGCGGAGGCUUCAGGGGGAACUUCCUCGCCACCAUCUCCAGACAGCCGUACGACUCCCCGGUACUCAACACGUUCAACCGUCGGUGGGCCGGGCUCAGCAACCAGCAGUACAACAUACAGUCCCUGGGAAUCCCCAUCAAGGACCUAGUGCGGGACCUGGACGGGAACCCGUACGCGGACGUUUACCGGCAGCUCAUCCGCGGGGAUUUCUACAGCUUCUGGGCGGGAGACCCGGACCUCAGGGCCUUGUUUCUAACAGACACAGGUAACCUCCGCGGCGGCAUGCAGAGUUGUUACCACCAAGGCUGUGAUGACCUCUCCAGGGUCACUCCGGAGCGGCUCAGUUUCCUCCAGAAGACCACGGACGCCGUCACCGCGGCGCUGUGGGAGCUGGCCAAUGGAACAACAUGCACAGCCCCAACGAGUGCAGUUCCCCAAGACUUCAAGACAGGUCUGCGCAUGACCGGAAACCUGGUGCUUCCCUACGCGCCGAACGACUUCCGCUUUUCGGUUACGUCAUACAGCACCACUGGAGUCGUCAUGGCAACGUUCUCUAACGACACUUUGACGCUCAACCUGGCAGGUCGCUUCGACGACAAGACCCUCCAGUUGACAUUUCGCCUGUCCGAACCGACGAAUGCGUUUCCGGGUCAAAUCGACCCGCUACAAACAAUGGCCUGGGUCAUGUCCGGUCAGGUGAUGACCGUAAAAGGAAGCCUCUUCUACACUGGAGAGGUGCAGGGCCUUUUCGGACCGCAGGGGGGCGCUGUGUCAUUCGGGUUCAUCAGUUCGACAGGAAAUGACACAUCUGGUCAAGGCACGUCCGCCCUGUCCAUAAUUUUCUUCGUAUCGUCUGGAGUCUUCUUCGCCCUGGCCAUCGCCCUGUAUGCUUAUACUAUUUGUAAGACGAAACGACUGGGGGAACCUUUCAGUCAGGAACAACCAAUCUGAUCUUUUGACUUCAGAAAGAGAAAACAUUGAGGAGAGUAGAAACAGGAAUACCUGGAUAAAGUUUGAAAUGAUAGUCAUAUUCAAUUUUCCCUAACAUGGAAUUCUACGAGGAUCGCCAUUUUUUAUAUAUAUAUCAUUGAUUGAUAUACGUUACUUACUUCUAACCAAGUAAAGUAUUUCAGAAUCAAAUACGUUUGAAAAGACAACGUACGUGUUUACGUUUUGUGUUCUGUUUGUACAUCCGCUUCUUUAUUCCCGGAUUUACUCAUUGAUACAAUGAAAAGAUUCUGAACAAUAUUCCAUUGAAGUGUAUAUCUUGUAUAGUUGCAGUUUGAUUACAAUCACGUUGAACUAAUAGUGACUGAAUCUAUGUUUGUAUUGUGACUAUAUAUAGUGUAAUUAUUGUCCGCCAUACUGGAUGGUUAGCCUUGGAAGUUUAGAUUCUUGUAGAGCUCUUUUGGUGCACAAGAUAGCAGCGAAAAUAACAACUCAAGAGAUCUAUUUACAUACACGAGGCUGCAUGUUUUUUCUAUAACAUAUUGCAUUGUAAUUUGUAACUUCGUUCCAGCAGCAAAGAUACAAGACUUAAGAAAGUUAAUUCUGGUCGGUGUUUUCUUCUCUUCAAAUAUCUCAUACGCACUAUAUAUAUUAGGUAUAGUAUAAUAAAUUUGUACACUCCAUCUACUUAA